UCGCGGAGUCCAAAUAAUCGGCCAAAGAUUCUUCCCUCUCGACAGCCGACUCUUUCGUCUUUCCUGGACGCCACGGAGGCACAAACGAGGAAACUCCCCGUCUUUCCCAGCUCUUUCCUUCCCUCCAACGUUUUAGUCUUUGUGAUUCCAACUUUUGUAGUUUGUUCUGUCCGACAAAAUAAUCCAAGAAACCCACAAACAUCUCAUCAUCAUCAUCAAUAUGUAUCGCUCGUCGAGCUCCGCGCGGGUCUCUGACGAGUUCUUUUCUAAUUCUUCAUCAUCAUCAGCAGCUGGAGCUAUGUCCUCCACGAAUCCUAAGCCAGCAACAACCACUUCAGAUUUGGACCAUUUGCCGAGUUACAAUCCCAUGUCCCACCUUGCCAAGAAAGAAAAAAGUCGUUUAAGAUCUGCUGAAAAUUCUAUUCAUCUCAUCCCGGUUUUGCUAGUGCUCUGUGCCAUCGUUUUGUGGUUUUUUUCUAGCCCUGUUGAUUUGGUGAAUAAAAGUGAUUCCGUUGUUGCCAGAAUCGAAAGUUCAUUGAUUAAGAGUGGAGUUGAUCGUGGCCAUGGAAAGAGUAGCUUGGAAUCCACCUUGAAGCAGGAAGAUUUAAAUCCAGCUAACCAAUCUACAGAAGGCGUAGAUCCAGUUAAUCAAUCUGCUGAUGAUGAAGUUCUGGAUAACCAAUCUACAGGUUCAGCAGAGCACAAUAUUAUUAGAUAGCAUGGAAAAGUCUCACUGCUUCUCUGCAUCGAUCAACAUGUCUUAUGGUCCAGUACGAAGAAUUAUUUUGACAUUUACAGUGGAUGCUUUCUGUUACUUUGUUCCUGAACUCUACUCUAUUUAGGCUUUUUGAAAGACAAAUGUAAAUGCUCUCAGUAGCACACGUCCAUUUAUUGCCUCCGAAGAGGAGGAGAUCUUGCUUCCUAUUAUUCUUUCAGACCUUCAAGAGAUACAGGUCUGUAUUUAACUUUCAAGUUGUGGAAGGCAUUACAGUAUUUUGAUUAUUUCUAUAAAAGCAUGCUAAAGAAAAUAUUUUUGUGGCA